AUGUUUAUCAAGUACAUCGAAUGCAUUGUGUCUGAUGCUGCUUAUCCUUUGAAGCCGUUUGUCAUGUCAUGUCCGGUCACUCGUCUGGGUGGAAGUAAUCUUGUAACAGGUUGCUUUGCAAUAUAUAAUAGAAUAGUUAAUGGAAUUAAUUCUACAUUAUCUAUUGUGAAACAGGGUUGUCAUACCUAUUCCGUGGAGAAAGAACAUUCAUGUGAACGGAGUGUUUGUUACACUACAGCAGUGCAAAACUCAUCUAUCAAUACUUCUCACUUCUGUUGCUGUAAUCAUGCUAAUUGUAAUUAUGACGUUGCCCUGAUUCAAGCUACUAAUACCACUGUUUUCGAGAAGAUUGAAAGUGUCCAACUUCCACACACAGAACGAAUAAUCAUCAUCACUUUGAUAACAUUUCUUGUUUUUUCAAUUCUUCUCUUGAUAUUGGUUUGUAAGUGUGAUCUCAUGUCUCCGAGUUCAAGAUUUGGAAGAAAGAAGAGGGAGGAGCGCGAUCAACAUACUUCACCUAUUGAUCAGUGA